GUAGCUGAGCUGAAGCUGACUGAUGAAGACCAUGAACGAAUGAAUGACCAAUCCCUAUUGGUCGUUGACUGAAAGCCUGAGUUACAAGUGCAAUUUCUGCAAAAUAGUUUGUUUGGUGCAUUCAUAUAAAAUAAGAAAUUGAACGCAAUUUUAAUUUAUUAAAACCAAAACUCAUUCUUUUGCGGUAAAAUGCAAUUUAGCUUAUUCACAUUUUGGUUCCACUAUUCUAAAUUUCUCAUUUUUUGAUUGACUCUAUUUUUGUUGUGAAGUAUCAUAUUAUAAUUCCAAACUGGAUUGGACAAAAGGAAACAUCUUCUCCCCUGAAGAUCAAGAAUUCAUGGAAAUAGUCAACUUUGAUUUAAAUAAAUAUUUGCAAAGAAAUAUAUUUCCAUCUAGGACGUAAAGUAUUGGUAUUUCCACCAUUUAAUGGAUUCAGGCGCUUUCUAAUUCAUAAGUUAAUAGAAGAUAACUUUGCUUCUUCAGAAGUUGCAGCGUUUUCUAUUGGACAAGACAUUGGGCGGAGAAUUGUUGUUUGCUAUAGAGGAUUAAUAAGAGAAAACGAACUAAAAGGAACUUCAACGAAUCUGUCCCAAAAAGCCGGAAACAAUAUGAUAGAAAGAGAAAAACAAAACAAGCAAAAGCUGACACCUACAGCUGCAGUUUACAGACCUCCAGCUGCUCGUCUGGCCGAGUCCAGGCAGAACUCUGAUAAUAGCAGAACUCCAGAGUCCAAGCGAAGUAGAGUGAGACGACCAGACCAGCAGAUGUAUGUGCCUCGGCCCAAGCGAGCAUCAUUUGGUAGCGAUCAACCCAGAAGUCGAAGUCGUUCGUCUUCUAGAACUAGCCUUGAAAAUGAUUCUUGUGACAAGAGAAUUAAAACUUCUCCACAGAAAAGUGAAGAAUCAAGACUGUCUGGGUCUGAUGACCCAAUAAAUAACCGUUCCAGUGAAGUAAAUGCAACAGAGUUACCAACAAAACUUCCCUUUAGUUUAGAAUCAUGUAGUACAGAUAAAGUUUUACCAUUGUGUAGUUCUGACAUUAGUGCCCCACUAGAAAACAUCCCUGUGAUUGGUAAUGAAGAAUUGAGACCAAGUGAAAACAUAAUCUCUAAUGAUCUCAGACAAGUUGGUCCUUCAAGAUUGCCAGAUGUAGUAAAAGACAAGGAUCUCAUAUCAACACAAUUUAGUGGAAAAGAAGUGGAAACAGAGGUGUCCGAGCUUUCCCUUAGGGUUCUUCAAUAUGCCUCAAGUGUCAGUGAAUACGUAGAAACGAAAAUUAAUAAUAAGGUGCCAUUAGAUGACUCAUCUAAGAUUGAAAAUGAUAACUGUGCUGAGUCAGAAAAUCAAGUUUCUAGGGCUGAAAAUAAAGAUGGUUCUUUUGACAGUGAAGACAAUAGUACACAAAAAAGGGAAGUUAAGACUUGUGAGAAAACUGAAGCCAUGGAAACCAUAUCAAUAUCAUCAGACAGUCAAGACCAAAAUAGCAACAGCGUUACAACCUCAAGCAGUGAUUCUAGAAAUAGUGAUUCUAGUGAUUCUGAAUUGAAAAGGAAGCUCUGCAGAAGAAAAAGCAAUGAAGAAAUGGAAAUUGAUCAUUCCAUAAACUCCGAAAAGAAGAAGGAUUUUAAAGAAGACAGGAAUGCUUCACUAGAUCAAAAUCACAAAACCAGAAGAAUAUUUCCUAGUGUGCCAGUUUCAGAUGUGUUGAUUAUCUCGGACUCAAGUUCCUGUGAUGAUGUUACCAUCAAAUCAAAAGAACCUGAGCCAAAAAUAGGUGUAACAAAAGAAAAAUUGAAGAAAUCACCAGCAAUAAAAGAAAAAAGUGAAAAAGUUGCAAACAAAUCUAAAUCAAUUGAUCCUGGUGAGUGUGACUGGGAAUCUCUGUAUGAUGAUACUGGUGAAUGCCUAGUUCCUGACCUAAUGGAAGAGUUAACAAACUCUGUUGGAAGAGUGAGAGUAACUUCAGUGGACAGUGACUACCGGCCCUACCAAAGCAUAGAAGAGAGGACAAGUGAUGGUGAAUGCGUGAUUGAAAUUUAUGACUUCCCAGCAGAGUUCAAAACUACAGACCUGUUCAAUAUAUUUGCAGCUUAUCGCAAUAAAAACUUUCAGAUCAAGUGGGUGGAUGACACGCAUGCGUUAGGAGUGUUUCCUAGCCCUCUUAUGGCCGAUGAGGUUUUGGCUUGUACACUGCCAUACGUCAAGACAAGGCCAUUGCGCAUGGGCAUUGCAGAGUCGCGCAAUAAGGCUCGCAAUUUGGUUUUACCGCCCCUGCCGGCCAUGGAGCGACCCAAGACCUGCACCGCGCUGGCCCGCAGAUUGGUGUCUGGAGCUCUGGGGUUACGAUUGCCCACAUCUAGCCAGGAUCGAGAACGAGAGCGGCAGGUGCUCAAAGAGGCCAGAGAGAAGCGGCGUCAAGAAGUAAAGCAGAGAGAAGCAGCCUGGGAUGGGACCUUGACAAAAGAAAACUGUGUAUAAAAUGAGCAGCAUUUAGGAGAAUGUUUAGAGAAAGCAAGCAGAACUGACUGGAUUAUCCAUAUACAUUGUAUUUUAUGUGUAAUUGUAUAUUGUGUAGUUACCAUAUUUUUUAUUGAACAGAAAUGUAAAAAUUGCUGUAUAUUUUAUUAAGAAAACUGGAUCAUAGGUCUGUUCUUGGAUCUAUAGAAAAAUAUAAUAAAACAAUUCUUUAAUUUA